AACCCACGUCUUAUCACGAGGCCCACGUCCUCCACCUCUCUGCUCCUUCUAAUCCUCCUUCCUCCUUCCUCCGUCCGCCACCCGCCAAGUCGCCGGACAACCCCAAAAGAUGGCGGCUGAGAUGGCCUUAGUGAAACCCAACAUCUCCAAGUUCAGCACAACCGCCGCCAGCCCACGGCGGCUGCCACCGCCUCACGUGGUCACCUUCUCCUCCAGAACUAGCACCGUCAAUAUGUCCGCCGCCACCACGACGCCGCCUUCUUCUCCGGCAAGCAACAACCGGAACCCGAAAAGGAAAAGUGGGAAGCAGGGCAUAAAGGAGACGCUACUCACCCCGAGAUUCUACACCACGGAUUUUGACGAGAUGGAGACGCUGUUCAACACGGAGAUCAACAAGAAGCUGAACCAGGCGGAGUUCGAGGCGCUGCUGCAAGAGUUCAAGACGGACUAUAACCAGACCCAUUUUGUGAGGAAUAAGGAGUUCAAGGAGGCGGCCGACCAGAUUCAGGGCCCGCUCCGCCAGAUCUUCGUCGAGUUCUUGGAGAGAUCCUGCACCGCCGAGUUCUCUGGAUUCCUUCUCUACAAAGAGCUCGGAAGAAGGCUCAAGAAAACCAAUCCUGUGGUGGCCGAGAUAUUCUCUCUCAUGUCUAGAGAUGAAGCCAGGCAUGCUGGGUUCUUGAACAAAGGGUUAUCCGAUUUCAACUUGGCCCUCGACUUGGGAUUUCUGACAAAAGCCAGAAAGUACACAUUUUUCAAGCCAAAGUUCAUUUUCUAUGCGACUUAUUUGUCUGAGAAAAUUGGAUACUGGAGAUACAUAACCAUCUACCGGCAUCUCAAGGAGAAUCCCGAGUACCAGUGUUAUCCCAUUUUCAAAUAUUUUGAGAACUGGUGCCAGGAUGAGAACCGGCAUGGUGAUUUCUUCUCUGCACUGAUGAAGGCACAGCCCCAGUUCCUCAAUGACUGGAAGGCAAAGUUGUGGGCUCGCUUCUUCUGUCUUUCAGUAUAUGUUACAAUGUACCUAAACGAUUGCCAACGAACAGAUUUCUAUGAGGGCAUUGGGCUCAACACAAAAGAAUUUGAUAUGCAUGUGAUCAUUGAGACAAAUCGCACAACAGCUAGAAUAUUUCCAGCAGUAUUGGAUGUUGAGAAUCCGGAAUUCAAGAGGAGGCUGGAUAAAAUGGUGGAGAUUAACGAACAACUCAUGGCAGUUGGGGCAAGUGAAGACAUUCCUCUGGUCAAGAACUUGAAGAGGAUCCCAUUAAUUGCUGCACUUGCUUCUGAACUCUUGGCCACAUACCUGAUGCCACCCAUUGAAUCUGGCUCAGUUGACUACGCCGAGUUUGAACCACAGCUUGUUUACUGAAAGCUUCCAUUUUGCAGGCAAUCCAUCACUUGUUUGGAUGGUCUCUGAUCUGUAGUUGACUGUAAUCACGUGUUUAAACAAAGGGAACACUGUUAAGAGUAGCAACCCUGUAAUUUUCGAUAAUAUAACUACGUAUUUUUGUUAAA